CUUAACUUAAGUUUCUUUUUCUCGACGCUUACCUGUAUUUGUUUUCACUCUAAUUUUUCAUAGAACAGUUAAAGAAGACGUUAAGCUCGUAUCUUGCACUUUGCCGUCAACUUUCACAGCAACUGGACAUUAUCAUCUAAUAUGCUUGUAAAAAAAUAUUACUAAAGCGAAUCAAGUACCACAACACCAAGAACUUCUUCAUCUUCAGAUGACUAGUAAACAAAAGCAAUUGAGGGCUGGAGACAGGAAAGUUUUUAUAACUGAUAGAAUUUUUCUUUCUUAAAAGAUUGUAUAGUUUUUAUUUAUAAAAUGGUUCAGUUAUUUGAUGGAGCCUUUCGUGCUGAAUUACCUGGAAACUUUUUGAAUGCAAGCGCUUUGAGACAAAUUCCUGAUAAUCAAGAAGUUUUUCUUCAAGACUCCAAAGAAAACUUAACUCUAAUUUUGGAACUGCUAGAACAGGUAGAGAAACCUCAAGAUGCGACGGUCGCCAAGUUUCAUUUUGAUAGCAUUGCUUACGAUAAUGAUGCUAGUGAAUCUAUCAUUUGGAAAGAUACAGAUCUAAGUCAAGAAGAUAUCGCUGGAUUAAAUAACGAGCGAGCAAUCGGAACAUGCACAUUUGGAUGCCAAAAAGUAUUCGAAAAGGGAAAAAAGAUGACAGACGUCGCUUCAAACGUAGCUGUACUUGUGCAUGUAAUAACACUACAAGAGUUUGAAACAGAUGUUGUAUGCUCUGUAAAUAUCCCUUUGUCCCAAACGUUAUCCUUUCCCAAAAGGUUAGCAGAUGUGUCUCCUGCUGAUGAAGCUGCUUUGCAGACAGCAAACCAAAUCUUGAGUCAAUUUACACAUUCUUUGGUUUUAGUAGACAGAAGUUUGUUUUUUGCAGCUUGAUUUGAAUGCACGGAUGAAAAGAUGCCUAUAACUAUAGGGGUUAAGCGGUUGAAUACUAUCAAAAUGUGUUUUGAUUUUAAGCAAAAAGCUCAAACCGAGGAAACAGUAUUUAUUUUUUAGGAAUACAGGAAAAAACAGUUGUUUUGAAUUCGAAAUCAUUAGACUCAGUGCAUAUUAUGAAUAGGAUAGCUAGUUUUUGUUCUGUGAGUUUUCUAUUACUACUAUCACCUUUAAUAGAAUCGCUUACAGUUAAGCUUUUUAUAACUCUCAAGUUCCCAAACGGGUCCCCGUUCCAGGGAACUUAGGAUUACCAGUACUUGGCUCUGCAAUUGGCAGUGAUGCAUAUGCCAACUCAUCGUAGGACUGGUAACCUUUGAAACGACUCCCUAUUGAAUCAACCUUUUCUGCCCAUAAUUUUAAAGGAAUAUGCUC